AUGAAAGCCCGCGCAGGGGAACCUGCACCUUCAACAGUGUCGGGAUCUCAGCAGCGCGCAGGGGAACCUGCUUGCCCUUCAGUGGUGUUCCGCCUGGAAGAGUUGGCCGAGAGCUCAUUUUAUGGCAAUUUUGCCACAGCUAAUGAUGCGAAGCUUUGGCUCAGCUCCAAAGAGGUCCUGGAAGUUGGCGAUUCCAAUGGCAAAGAAAGUCUGGAGGUUGAGGCAAAAUCAACCACUCAGAAGCAGGCAGCAAAGAUACCUGAACUUUCACAGGCCAAGCCUUCCAAGCCUACAUCCCAGGCACAGAAGCGCUAUGGCUGGCAGAGGUCAUCUUCACAGUCCUUCUAUGCUUAUGGGCCACCUGGAACACCACACAGUGACUUUGUGAGGAUCGUCUCCUCGAAGCUGCCAUACCAUGCCCGACCGGAGCGGCCCUCACGGACGUUGAACGACUGGAUCGCUUCCACCACUUCCGUUCCUGAGGUACUCGCUUUGGUUGCUAGCUAUGGCUCAGAAUUUGAUGGCACCAACACUGCGACGGCAUUGCAUCGCCUGGCGAAGUGGCACCGUGAGGUUCCAGACCCCAGGCUGUUUCAGGACAGUCGGUGGCGUCAAACCUUGGAUCACCUGGAUCGAAAUUUGCAGGCGGAGCAGCAGCCAAUAGCAACGUUCUGCAGGGACACCUUCGACACCUCGGUCCUGUUGCAAGCUGCCUGGAUAGGCUCCGGCAUUCCAAACGCGACAUUUGACCAGCUCGCUAUGGUCCUUUGCUACGAUGGGAUGGCGCGUGCCCUGGUGCCAAUCAGCCCAAUCCCAGGAAUCCGACCAGUGCUGACCGAGUGUCUGCCCUAUGGAUCCCGGUCCAGCGACUUCAUACGACUUCUACAUUUCUACCUUGGAAUCGCUGCGCCCUUUUUCGCCAUGUCGCAGUCCUUUCCAGUGCAGCCCACGUUGACAUCACAGCCAUCGGCCAAUCUUCUGGAAGACUCACAGAAGUUCAUCCGGAAAGAAACGUUCGCCUUCGACGAUAUGCCAGAAGACGCCCACGCAGAGCUACUAUUUCGACUCUCACAGCUCUACAAGAAGCAGGAGGUCCACAUCGAAGAACUAACGCAGGAAGUGCAACGUUUGCAGGGCAAACUAUUGAGGAUGUCCAUGGCGAAUGCCGCAGACAAGAGCAUUCUACCAGAGCUUCCACCAACUCCCCAGGCAAAACCAGAGGACACUGUCUCGCUUUCUUUGGAAGCUGAUGUCGCUGAUGGGGAGGAGGUGCCAAAGGAGCGCACGGAGCCGCUGGACCAAGGAAAUUCAGGAGACAUCCCACCAUCCAGUUCUGAAGUAGAACCUGCGGCGUGCGAACUUCCCUCGGAUUUCUUCAAUGAGAGUAGAAGUGAAUUUGGAAAAAACGCUCGAAAGGUGGAGCUUUUGCCCAGGUGGGGAGAGAGAGUUUCCUGGGAAACUGGUCGGAUUGCAGUAGCUCCGCCGUCACAGUCCAAUCUAGAGGAUCGACGGCUCGAAAGUGAAGGAACCAAAGACACAGUGGAGAGGCGAGGAUGUCAGCGCUUCAUCCUUCUCCCUUCAGAUCCAAAACGUAUGAUUUGGGACUUGACCGGAAUGGUGCUCCUUGUUUACGAUAUGAUUGUCAUCCCCAUUUCUGCGUUCGAGCCAGAAGAGACAACGUUCACUGCUCUUAUGGAGUGGUUGACACAGAUUUUCUGGACCUUUGAUGUUGUUAUGUCACUUCUCACUGGCUAUGUGCACAAAGGUCAGCUCGUGAUGUCACCUUGGGCUAUAUUGAUCAACUAUCUGAAGACAUGGUUCGUGCUAGAUUUGGUUGUCGUGGGGCCAGAUUGGGUAAUGACAUUCAUUCAGCUCUCAGCUCCAAGCGAUGAAGAAGGUGGCACCAGCGUCAGCCGCUUGAUGCGAAGCAUUCGAGUGGUCCGAACUGUGCGACUCCUUCGUCUCGUGAAACUAAAGCGGGUCAUCGACAUGGCCAAGGACAGGAUUACCUCAGAGGUGGUCUUCAUUUUGCUGAACAUCCUCAAGCUCAUUGUUUUGCUUUUGCUUGUGAAUCACUUCGUAGCAUCACUGUGGUAUUUGAUGGGUGGCCUUGGCAAUCCAGGCCAAUUGAAUUGGAGAGAUGUCUAUAGAAUGCAGCCUCAGCAAGAAUCCAUCGAGUAUCGGUACGCCACUGCCCUGCACUGGAGCCUAACCCAGUUCACUCCAGCAACCGUUGAUGUGCAUCCGCAGAACAUGGUGGAGCGUACUUUUGCUAUUCUUGUGCUGAUUUUUGGCCUCGUGCUAUUUUCGUCAUUCGUCAGUUCAAUCACAGCUUCAAUGACUCAGCUCCGGAAUAUGCAGGAAGAUAGAUCCAAACAGUUCUGGUUGCUGAGACGAUAUUUGCUGCAGAAGAAAGUUCCCCAAGAGUUGAACUUCAAGGUUCUGCGAUACACGGAGUAUGCCACCAGCCGUUCUGGAGAAGCAAUCCCAGAGCAUCGCAUCACAAUUCUCAACGUGUUGACAAAGCAAUUGCAAAGCGAACUGCGUUUUGUUACGCAUUUUGGAUGCGUCAAGCAGCAUGGCUUUUUCAAGCUGGUUUCUGUCAUGAACGAAUCCGUGCUGCACAUGAUGUCUGGUGGUAAAGCCUUGCAUUUCAAAGCUCUUGCUGCACAAGACCCGCUUUUUGAGAUUAUGGAUUUGCCAACUUGCAUGUACUUCGUCGAACAAGGACAGGUCCAGUACACACAGGGACACAGUGGUCUUCAAACUGGCACGUUCGCUCCGUCCAGCUUCGAGUCUGAAAACUUCGUUCCACCAGACUUACUCAUGCCGACUACUCCAACAGAAGGCGGUAUUGCCAUCGGAAAAGGUGAUCAUUUGUGUGAGAUCGUGCUUUGGGCAAACUGGAAGCAUGUGGGCUCUGCCAGAGCCAUUUAUGAGUCCAACAUCGUCCAAGUGAACGCCAAAGGCUUUGGCGAAUGCAUCCGAAGAGAUCCUGCCAUUGACUCCAUGGCUGCUAUGUAUGCUCGAAUGUUCGUAAAGGUGGUGAAUGAUCCGGACAGAAUUUUGGAUGAAGAACAGGAGAUUUGCAACGACCAAACCACGGCUUUAGCAGAUUCUUUGAGCGAGUACAGCCCUGAUACGGAAAAUUUGAACCCGAAGAACUUCAUGUCUCGUAUCCUGGAAGUGAUGGACGAAGUGCAAAAGCGAUUGACUGAGUUCACCUGUGUCGAUUUGGCCUUGACUGCUUGGUCCAUCGCCACCAUGAGAAUGGACCCUCCAGGUCUCUAUGACCGCAUCAGCAAGUUGUCUUUAUCCAGCAUUGCCGAAUUCCAGCCACAGGCUUUGGCCAACAUCAUGUGGGCCACUGCAACGCUGAGAAAGGAGAACGAUGCUUUGAUCCGUCAUGCCGCCUUUACCGCAGCAAAGCUUCUGGAUGCCGGGUGCGAUUUUCGGCCUCACGAGUAUUCCACGAUGGUGUGGUCCAUGGUGAUUACUCAAGCUCGAGAAGAGUGUCUUUUCAGUCGAGUGUCAGGACAUGUGAUUCACCGUGUCUCGGAGUUUGGUCCACAGGAGCUGACAAACACUGCUUGGGCCUUUGCUUCUUUGGGCAUCAGAACGGAGGGCCUAUUUGAAGCGUUGGGCAAAGAAUGUCAUCAGAAACUACGCCACUUCAACAUGCAGAACUUGACCAACGUGGCUUGGGCAUAUUCGCACUUGGGCAUUGAUGGAGUUGGUGGUGACCUUCUGACAGACGUGGCGCGAAUCGCAAAGUCUCGAAUUGACGAGAUGAAUGUUCAAGAUCUUGCUCAACUGGCCUUGACGCUGGUGUUCACACGCAGAGCCAAUUAUGGUCUCAAGGAGCGCCAAGACUGGGAUGAAGCAGGCAUGCUUGGCAACCGAGAUCUCACAGUGGCUUUAGUGAUCGAGGUCACUAGGGCCAUGGUCUCCAAGAUCCAACAGGUUGGUCAGACGACACCAGAUGAUGCCUGGAUUGUCCACGAUUUGGUCCUUGUCUGGAUGGAGGAGCAUGAGGCUGAGAAGCAGCUUGGAGAUGCCUGGCGGGUGCUUGAUGCGUGCAGUUUGUACCACCAGGUCUUAGACUUUCUCCGCAUGACGCCUCUGCUGGCUCGGGCAAUGGCAUGUGGUUCGGUCGUGCAAUCGGCGCACGUUCCGAUCUACGAACAGUCGUUUCGUGACCUUGACAUCAGAUCCCUUGGCAUUAAGUACACGGGCCGCUUGCUGGCAGAGCUGAACUUGACUGAUAGGGAUCGCGACCUGGCAGAGUCUGCUCGGCAGCUCUUGGCAGAGGAGCGAGCGCAGCUUCUACUGCAGGAUCCUGGAGCAGGCAGUCAGAACUGGUGCCUCUUUAGAUUCCAUCUUCAGUCCGAAUUGAGAGAAGCACAGGAGCUGGAUGGCAUCCGCGUCAGGAGUUGCGGUGGUGAUCCACUUGCUUUGGAACUUCUUGAUCCUCCCCGAGAGGCACAUUUGGUGGCUGUUCGUUUGAGCAAUGAUCGAUUGAAUCACCGGCGAAGAGAUGCCGAGUUUCGAGCGAUUGCGCACAUUGCGGGUGUGCUGCGAAGCCUCAUCCCGGAUGCUGAUCAACUGAUGCAGGAACGCACUGUUUGGGGCAACCGUUUGAGCGGUUGGGUUCACCUGUAUGUCACGGAGGUGCCGUGCCUCUCCUGCCUUGGAGCCAUGGUGCAGUUUGCUCGUCGCUUUCCACGAGUGCAGUUGCGAGUUGCCUACCCUGGCAGCGAACAUGGAACGGACUCGGAAAAAGGCCUUCUAAAUUGCCACCAUCUUCUACAGAGGGCCCCACCAUAA